AUGUGGUCACUUGCUUUGCUAUUUGGUUUGGUGGUGUGUACUUUAUCAGUACCAACUGGAAGGAACUCGCCUGCGUUCGCUAUAGAGGAAACAGCAGAAUGGAUCCGUUAUGAAGGGUACGUGGCUGAAACUCAUAACGUGGUGACACAUGAUGGAUACAUUUUGGAAGUGCACAGGAUACCAUACGGGCGGUUCCAGACCGCUUCGACUGCUAAAAGACCGGUAGUAUUUUUGAUGCAUGGUCUAAUGGCAGCUUCAAACUGCUAUAUACUUCUUGGUCCGCAAAACAGCUUGGCUUACAACUACGCCGAUGCUGGUUUUGACGUAUGGCUGGGCAAUGCUCGUGGCAACAAACUAUCUCGUCGUCAUGAAGAACUAGACCCUGACAACCAAAAACGAGACUUCUUCGAUUUCAGCUUUGAAGAAAUCGGCAAGUACGACGUUGCACAGAUGAUUGAUUAUGUUCUGGAGUAUACUGGAAGUGAACAACUCCAUUACGUAGGCCAUUCGCAGGGAGGUACAGCAUUCCUUGUACUGGCAUCAUCAUUGCCGGAGUACAAUGCGAAAUUUGCUUCUGUUAACCUCUUGGCUGGUGUGGGAUAUCAGAACUAUUUCCCAAGUUUACCACUGCGGACUUUGGCAAGACUCACCAAUACAAUUUAUGCUUCAGCAGUCGCUCUUGGACUCGUAGAGGUAGCAGCACCGUCCUUCUUCAGAAGAGGUGAUGACGACAGUAUAAUAAAUGCUGUACCUGAGGACGAAUAUCUAUCCGAGCUAUCGACCAUCACAGAAUUACUGAGAGACGGUGCUGACGAUUCUGAUAACAGUAACAUGUUUGGUGGAGCUGCCUUGAAACAAAUAGCGCAUUUCGGUCAAAAUAUAAGAGACAAAACGUUCAGACGUUGGGACUAUGGUUUAUUAGAAAACAGGCGAGUCUAUGGAUCCGUUAGUCCACCAGUCUACGAUUUGAGUUUGAUAACAUCUAAUGUAACGAUGCACUACACCGUUAGUGAUGUUUUACUUGAUGAAAGAGAUGUAUUGGCCAUGGUGAAUGAUCUACCAAACGCAAGAGCCAGGAAAGUAGCGAGAGAAGAUUUCUCGCAUUUAGAUUUCGUCGCAGCUCUUGAUGCUAAAGAAUUAUUAACGGAUUACAUCAUUGAAUCGACGGUGCAAAUUGAAAAUUUGAGAUCUACAGGAAAAUAGUCAAUUAAAUGUACAUCUAUAAUAUUAUAAUAUAAACAAUUAUUGCUUAAAGAAAAUUUCCCAGUGGAUAAUAAUAUCUGAUACAUUUUUUACGAAUUAAUUCAAAUAGAAUUGAUUAAAGAAGAUUCUGGAUCAGAGAACACAAUUGAUUCAAAUGUACCAGAUACUGGUAGUAUUGUGGAACUAACUCUAAUUAUUACUAGUAUAUAUCAACCAAUUUAUAUUCUGGUUUAUACUAUAAGGAACUGAAACAAAUUUUCCGCUUGGUGGAGGAGUUAUCACAAUUUUUAUAGCAAUCUAAA